UUAAGGGUCCAAUUAAUAUUACCAGAAAACAAAUCUAAGCAGGUUCAAAACACCUGCACCAGUAAGGAAAUAACAACUUUGCCAACACUUCCAUCGAUUUGUGAAUUCACGAUGUUUACCGCAAGAAACCGGUCGUCAGCAAAAACAACAGAGAACCAGAUUUCGCAUGGCCGAGUAUUUACAAAAUUACCACCUAUGGGUAGCAACUUAAAGACUGUGAAAAUGGAUGGCGCUGCAAAUGGACUAGCAGCAAAUAACAAAGCUUCGACGAACAAAGGACCUGUGGCAUGCACGAAACAAAACAUUCAAAUGGAAGUAAAGUGCAAAUUACCUGAGGACUACAAAGACCCAACGUACAGAGACACUAAGAAAAGAAUUUGGGAUUGGUUAAGGCAGUCGGAAGAACAUCAACCUACGUAUUUGCGCCGAGCAAAUGCCUUUAAAAACUCUUUGAGUUUGGACAACCGCACUGACACGCAAUACAAAAAUUUUAGUCAAAGGAGGACUGUCACACAAAGAAUUGGACUCUAG